AUGGCUUCGUCCAGCUCCUCCAGCACCUCAGGCGGCCCCAUCGCCAGAGGAUCUCGAAGGAGGAGGCUCGUUCUGAAGCUGAGCCAGAAGGACACCCUGCAAGCGCUCUUUCAACAGAACCCCUACCCUGGGAUAGCGACCAGAGAACGACUGGCCCGAGAGCUUGGCAUUGCCGAAAGCAGAGUUCAGGUCUGGUUUCAGAACCAACGAAGAAGACGGUUAAAGCAGAGCCGAUCGCCGUCUGCAAAUAUGCGCCAAGACGGGGAAGGGGCGCCAGGAGAGGCCAGGAGAAAGAGGACAGCCAUCUCUCCUUCUCAAACAAGGAUCCUUGUGCAAGCCUUCACGAGGGAUCGCUUUCCAGGGAUUGCCGCCAGGGAAGAACUGGCUCGUCAGACGGGAAUCCCAGAACCUCGAAUCCAGAUAUGGUUUCAAAACCGAAGAGCUCGGCACCCCCAGCAGAGCGCAAGGGGGCCUGGCAAUGCGCCUUCCCCGGGGGCUGCUGCGGAUGCAGGAGCACACCCUGCCCUCCCAGGCACAGCCAGCAUCCUAGAAGAGUUCGUGGAGGCCACAGGCAUCCCGGACACGCAGGCGCCUUCCCCGGGGGCUGCUGCAGAUUCAGAAAUAUGGUUUCAAAACCGAAGAGCUCGGCACCCCCAGCAGAGCGCAAGGGGGCCUGGCAAUGCGCCUUCCCCGGGGGCUGCUGCGGAUGCAGGAGCACACCCUGCCCUCCCAGGCACAGCCAGCAUCCUAGAAGAGUUCGUGGAGGCCACAGGCAUCCCGGACACGCAGGCGCCUUCCCCGGGGGCUGCUGCAGAUUCAGAAAUAUGGUUUCAAAACCGAAGAGCUCGGCACCCCCAGCAGAGCGCAAGGGGGCCUGGCAAUGCGCCUUCCCCAGGGGCUGCUGCGGAUGCAGGAGCACACCCUGCCCUCCCAGGCACAGCCAGCAUCCUAGAAGAGUUCGUGGAGGCCACAGGCAUCCCGGACACGCAGGCGCCUUCCCCGGGGGCUGCUGCAGAUUCAGAAAUAUGGUUUCAAAACCGAAGAGCUCGGCACCCCCAGCAGAGCGCAAGGGGGCCUGGCAAUGCGCCUUCCCCGGGGGCUGCUGCGGAUGCAGGAGCACACCCUGCCCUCCCAGGCACAGCCAGCAUCCUAGAAGAGUUCGUGGAGGCCACAGGCAUCCCGGACACGCAGGCGCCUUCCCCGGGGGCUGCUGCAGAUUCAGAAAUAUGGUUUCAAAACCGAAGAGCUCGGCACCCCCAGCAGAGCGCAAGGGGGCCUGGCAAUGUCCGGGUCCGAGGACCAGGCGGCGCAUCGGCCACGACCGCUCCUGCUCCAGAGGACCGAAGGGCCCCACCCGCUGUCCACAGCACCUCUCCUCCCCUUGGCCCCUCUCAGACACAGGAGAGCAUGCCACCCUUGGCUGCAGCCGCUCCUUUGGGCGCCCCCACCUUCUGGGUGCCCGGGACUGCCUCUGGGGUCUGUGUGGGCCAGCCGUUGAUGUUCUUCGUGAUCCAGCCCAGCCCGAUGUCUCUCCAGCCAAGUGAGAAGCCACCACCUCCUCCCCAGGUAGCAGUGCCCUGGGCCGCGUGCUCCCCUGCUGACACGGCCCCUUGGCAGCCUGGGCCAGGGGCCAUCCUGCCGCCUCUACAGCCUGAGACACACAUCAGGCGGAGGCCAGAGUCACCCGUUGCUGAAGGCACGGCCCCUCUGCUAGAGCCACAGCCCCAUCCGCCCAGCCUUCCAAGAUCGACAAGCCUCCUAGAUGAGCUCUUGGCGGCCACCGGCAUCCUGGAAACGCAGGCGCCUUCCGCGGGGGACGCUGCAGAUGCACGAGACACGCCCUGGUCUUCACCGCGGGCCGCUGCGGACGAAGAAGGAGUUGAGGCAAUCCUGGAGGCACCCCUCAGAGAGGAGGAUUACCAGGCACUCCUGGACAUGCUGCCAGGCUCCCCAGGCCCUCGGGCUUAG